AUGCGAAUGGAAAGGAUUGCUCCUCUUGAGAGAUCUGAAAACAGAUGGGUAUCUCUGUCAGUUGCUGGAGAGAUUCCCAAGGCUGGUGAAGAGACAAUUGAGAUGAUAAAGAGAAAAGUUAAAGCUCUGCUCAACAAGUUGACAUUAGAAAAAUUUGAGAUUAUAUCUGAUCACAUUAUCGAGUUUGCAAAUAAAUCAAAAGAAGAACGUGAUGGGAGAAUAUUAAAGACAGUUAUUCAGCUUACCUUUGAGAAAGCUUGUGAUGAACCCAAUUUUAGUCAGAUGUAUGCGCAACUCUGUCGGAAGAUGAUGGAGCGCAUUGAUAUGGAUAUUUUUGAUGAGAAUAUUAAGAAUGCAUCAGAUGAAUAUUUUCGCGGUGGUACGUUGUUCAGGAAAUACCUACUUAACAGAUGUCAGGAUGGCUUUGAAAAAGGUUGGAAAGCUAAUAUGCCAAUACCAAACAAUGUGAAGGGAGAGCCUGACUUGUUGUCUGAUGAAUAUUAUAUUGCUGCUAAAGCUAAAAGACAUGGACUGGGUGUGAUUAAGUUUAUUGGAGAGUUAUUCAAAUUGCAUAUGUUGACUGAACGUAUUAUGCAUGAGUGUAUAAAGAAACUAUUAGCUAAUCAUCAAGACCCAGAAGAAGAGAAAACUGAAUCUCUGUGUGAAUUGCUUACGAUAGUUGGAAAACAACUGGAUCAUCCGAAAGCAAAGGAUCAUAUGGACGCUCACUUUGUUCGUAUGGAUAGUAUGAGCAAGAAUACAGAAAAACUUAACAGUCGUAUAAGGGUUAUGCUUAUGGACUUAAUUGAACUCAGAAAACGGAAUUGGGUACCACGCCAUAAUACCAAUGCACCAAUGACGAUUGCAGAGAUUCAUGAAGCUUUCUAUAAGGCGGAUAAACGACGCUCAGCGAGUACCAGUGAUGGUCGAAACAUUCCUAGAAUAGCUGAAGAAGCUAAGCGAAAGAUUAAAGUCAUGGUUGACGAAUAUUGGUCGAUGAAAGACAAGAAGGAAGUUGCCGUACGAAUCAAAGAACUUCCUGUCAGAUAUUUUGGUGAUGCAAUCCGAGAGUUUAUCGAAUCGGCGCUUGACAAGAAACCAGACGAUGUUUCAAAUUGUGCCGACCUUCUCAAGGAACUUCGGAAGCAAGCUGCAAUAUGUCCAGCAGAUUGCAAGAAAGCGUUUACUGAUAUUAUAGACAAUUUAGAAGAUAUUGGAAUUGAUGUUCCCCAAGCUUAUGCACACACUGGACAAUUGUUACACGGCGCUCGGAUAGAGUUGCAUGAAGUGGCUGAAUUGAUACGACCGCUAACUGACAUAGGAGGGAGUGAACCACCCUCGGCAAAGGUUGUGGCAGGAUAUCUAAAUUCAAUGAAAGCUUCUAUGGGCGAACAGAUGGUACUCCGUCAAGUCAAAAAUGUCAGAUUUGAUUUCGCCUCGCUCUUCCCUGACGGUAAUGAAGAUGCUUUAAAUAGGUUUUUGGAAAAACAGGGGUUGAACAUAUUGAAAAAAAUGUAA